CGGAAACAGAAUUUUCAAAAUUACUGUAUCAACAUUUCAACACCAUGGGAACAACGAACAGCCAUGAAGAGGUUCCAACAAUUUCCGACUCACCACCCCCACCAUCCAAACCUGAUCAGAUGAAUCGAAUACUCUCAUUUGAUCCCCGCUCCCCUACCAGCGAAAUUCCCCGCACUCCGAUUGUUGUGGAGAAAACUCCAGAGGGAGCCUUACAGGACCCCCUAGACCCUCGCUCACCUACGGUGGGCAUUGACAGGACACCACUGAAUGCUUUACAGCAGACUAAACUGGGGGAACAGAAGCAGGCCUUCAAUGCCAAAACACACAAAUUAGACCUGGAUAAACUAGAUUCGGCACCUAACCAUCACCAUCACAGUGACAAAGAAGAAGGCCAGAUGCUACCGGAUGAUAUUCAUAUGCUCGGAGUUACUGGUAUCGAGGAUCUCUCAUUGGAAGAUUUCCCAACAAGCGAAUCAACACGGUUGGUGCCGCAUGAUGAGCAGGUUAUGCUUGAACUGAAGAAUACGAAGCUGAAGAAAAAGAAACAGAAGAAUUCACAACCCAAAGAACUGUUCCCUGCCAAGACGACAGCAGCACUCAAGGACGUUACACGCUCCCCCCUCUCCGCCCGAACCAUUGACGUAAACUCACCCGCGAACAUUAUGCAACGCAAACAGAUUAAAGACAUCGACAAGAAAAUGACAUGUGCUCAAGAAAAUGCUCGCUCAAAAUUUAUUGUACGUGAAAAAGAAAAUAUGUGAUCUGGUUCAUAAUGUGUCUGACACUAUUACAUGUAUAUACAUGUAGGUGUAAUAUCAAGAGUGUAAAUAAAAAGUAUUACUAAUAAUGGAUACCCGAUUCUUUACCUUUUUGAAAGUGAUAAUAGCACUAUUAAAAAAUCUUGAGCAUAAAUUGCUUAAGUAUCUUAUUUCGACAAAAUACUUCUUAAACUUCAUUUACAAAACAUGACAUGACAAAAAUGUAUGGGUUGGUAGGAAGGUUUUUUUAUUAUUAUUUAUUUUUUAAUCAGACAUGUUAAAUUACUGUCAAAUGGCAUUUGAAAUUGUGUCAAAUAAAACGAAUAACUAAUGUACUGCUCAAUGCUGAAAAAAUCCUAUUGUGAAAUUAGCAAAUGUCGCAUUUUCAGACAACAAAAUUUGGAUGGCGCAUUAUUUUUUGAUAGUGAUUUUUUAGGGCAAUAUUUUUUUUUUGAGUUGGUGGCAAAUUAAGAGGGUCAAAGGAACCAGGAACAAAGAAUUUUUUUAAGGCCAAAAUUCAUUCUUAGUCCACCUGUCACGUUAUCUUGAGACAUUGUGUCAUGUUACAUGAAGCAUUUAUUGUUAUGCCAUUUAUUAUAUACUGAUGGCACAAAAUCAGCAAAACACUGGACGUUUUGUAUUUUAUACUCUACAGUAGAACACAUUAUAUACACAAUGAUUAUAAUAGUAUCUUAUACAUAUGUACAUCAUACAUGUAUGUAUUUGUUUUUGCUGUAUUUUGCUUAUAGUUGUAAGGUUUUAGCUGAAGAUUUAUGGAAGGGUGCUGCACCCUUUACUUUUUUGGUAGCACCUGUCCACCCUCAUGGAGACCUUCAUGGACACCCUUCUGUCUUAAUAGAAAUAAUUGCCUGCCAAAUAGUUUUUAUACGCCCGAAGGGUCGUAUUAUGUUAUGGCCUCCAUCGUCUGUCCGUCUGUCUGUCCGUCUGUCCGUCCGUUAGCAAUUCCGUGUCCGGGCCAUAACUUGGUAACUAAUAAAGCGAUUUUCAAAUAACUUUAUACAAAUCAUCACUACAUUAAAAGGAUGUGUCGCACGCAAUUUCCAGGUCCAUACCUCAAAGACUAGAAUCACCAUGGGGGUGCGUUAGCAAAUCCGUGUCCGGGCCACAAUUUGGUCACUAAUAAAGUCAUUUUCAAAUAACUUUAUACAAAGCAUCAUUACAUUAAAAGGAUGUGUCGCGCGCAAUUUCCAGGUCCAUACCUCAAACACUAGAAUCACCAUGGGGGGGGGGGACAUUAGCAAUUCCAUGUCCAGGCCAUAACUGGGUUACUACUAGAGCAAUUUUCAAAUAACUUUAUACAAAUCAUCUCUACAUUAAAAGGAUUUGUCAAGCAUGCUUUCCAGGUCCGUACCUCAAAGGCUAAUUUCACUGGGGGGCGUUAGCAAUUCCGUGUCCAGGCCACAACUUUGUGUUACUCUAAUAAAGGAAUUUUUAGAAAACAUGUCCUAGCCACAACUUUGUAACCAAUAAAGCAAUUUUUAAAUAACUUUAUACAAAUUAUUGCUACAUUAAAAGGAUGUGUUGUGAGCACUUUCCAAGUCCUGCUACUUUUAAACUUGUAUUCUCAGGUAAAUGUUUAUUAAAGACCUCAAGCCGAAUCUUCUUCGGGCGUAUAAUGCUCCGUUUCACGGUGCUCUUGUUUUGUUUGGAUUAAUUUUAUAUGACUAUAGAUAGGUACAAACAAAAUACUUAUUUGGCAGUUGAAAACUAAAAUUAAUUCUAUAAAACACAUCCGCUUACAAUUUCUGUCAAUUUCAUUAACAUUUAAUUUCUUAAAUGGGCCCUUUUCUGCCUUAUCACCCAGUCUUUCUUUUGCAGUAUUCUUUCUUUUUAAACCUGGCUAAAACCUCUCUGUUGUGUGCUGUGUUCAGUUAGUUACAAGGAUGUAUCAUAUGCUGCUUUGUGUAGAAAUAAUCACCAUUUGUAUAGGGCAGUUGUACAAUAAUUGUUUGUCAAAUAAAAAUGUAUAAAUUA